AUGGCGCUGGCCCUUUCUGACCCCGUGAAACUCCCAUGCGGGUUGGAACUCCCCAACCGUUUCGUCAAGGCCGCCAUGGCUGAAAUGAUGGCCGAUCCCAAAGAUGGCUUACCCAAUGAGGACUUUAUCGAAGCGUAUGGCAAAUGGGCAGAAGGGUCUUGGGGUGCCAUUCUGACAGGUAACGUCCAGGUAGAUUUGGAGUAUGUAGGAAGUACCAAAGAUCCCUCUACAGGCCCAUACAUGAAGAAGAAUAUUGAAAUCUGGCGUCUAUUUGCCGACACCUGCCAGAAAAAAGGCACGCCAGCCAUUGUGCAGAUCUGCCAUCCAGGUCGGCAGUCUGUGCGAGGAGCAGGUCGCAGGGGCCUAUUCACCCAGACGAUGGCCCCCAGUGCGGUCCCAAUGAAUAUGGGGAAUGGCUUGCUGGCGAAGUUCGUUCGAUGGCUGGUGUUUGGUGCACCCAGGGAGAUGACAGUAGAAGAUAUCAAGAGAGUUAUCGAUCUGUUUGUUGACACGGCGCGUCUCAUGGCAGAUAGUGGCUUUGCGGGCGUUCAACUCCAUGGCGCUCAUGGGUAUCUUCUCACACAAUUUCUCACCAGUAAGACCAAUUUCCGCACCGACGAGUACGGAGGCACCCCUGAGAAGAGAGCCAAGAUUGUCGUAGAGAUCAUCAAAGCCAUCCGCUCUGUGGUGCCAGCCACGUUCUGUAUCGGGAUCAAGCUCAACUCGGCAGAUCACAACUCGGGCGAUUUUGACGCCACAGUGCGUCAGAUUGAGCUCCUGAUCAAGGCUGGGAUCGAUUUUUUGGAAGUCAGCGGGGGUUCUGCCGAGGAUCCGAAGAUGAUGGGCCGUGACCACCUACCUAAAAAGGUCGAAGCGAAAAAGAGCGAGCGCACGCUUGCCCGCGAGGCGUUCUUCAUUGACUUCGCGACCCAGAUCCGUAAACAUUUCCCUGAUCUCGUUCUCAUGGUGACCGGAGGAAUCCGCAGCCGGCGAGGUGCUGAAGCAGUUGUCCACAGCAAGGCGGGAGACCUUGUGGGUAUCGGCCGCCCAGCCGUCAUCAACCCCAAAUUCCCACAGCUCCUUCUGGAUAAGUCGGUUCCCGAUGAAGAGGCGCAACUGGUGCUGGCCAAAGUACCUCUGCCGGGCUGGAUCAAGUUUCUGGACUUGAAAGCGCUGGGUGCAGGCGUCGAAACUGGGUUUUAUGUGACUCAGAUUCAGCGAUUAGCCAAGGGGUUGGCAACUUUUGGACCUUAG